AUGCAACUCGCGAGACUCGUCGCCGCGCUAUUUCUCCUCGCGUCAGCCGACGCCGGCAGCAAACCCAAGGCCGCCAUCCUCCUCUCCCAGGUUCAAUCACUCACCCUCCGUGGUCAUGGCGCGCAAACCACGCACCGGCGCGUGCCCUCUGCACCGCAGCUGAAAUGUCUCUCCCACCCAUCUCUCUGCGCCCUCGUCGAGCCACACCUCGAUGUCAUGCGCUGCCAGAACAUGGGCUCGUCCUACGAUGAGGCCAACGUCGAGUGGUCCUGCACCGCCACUCUACCGGAUGAGGUCCGGCUGGGGAGUACAGACGUCAUCUGCGAGGGCUACGCGAGCUCAGACGACGAGUAUGUGCUCAAGGGCUCGUGUGGCGUGGAGUACCGCGUGGCCUUGACAGAGGCUGGUGAGGAGCGCUAUCCAGACUUGGUAAACAAGAUGCAGCAGGGAGUCACGGGGCCUAGCAAUAUGUUUGGCUAUCUGUUCUGCCUCCUCUUUGUAGGCAUCGUAUGCUGGAUGUUUUACAAGGCAUGGACCAACACCAAUCCCCGAAUGGCCAACCGCAUCAGGCGAAGACACGGCAGGGCCGGAGGACGUCUUGGAGGAGGAGGUGGAGGCUGGGGUGGUGAUGACGAUUAUGGACCAGGCGGCGGCGGCGGGUUCGGCGCAGACAGCGACGCACCUCCUCCGUACCCGGGUUCGAGCAGCAGAAAGUCAGCGCCGAGUGGCCGACAGCAGCAGGGGGAAGGCUGGAGGCCUGGUUUCUGGACAGGUCUGGCCGCGGGAGGCGCCGCAGCUUAUGCCGCGAGGGGAUCCUCGUCUAGGAACAACAACAACAAUAACAACAGGCGGCAAGGUGAUGGCUUCUUCGGAGGCGGUGGCUCGUCGUCCUCCUACGCCUCUAGUUCCAGGAGUGGUCCCUCUGGGUCAGCACACGAAAGCACUGGGUUUGGAAGCACCAGCCGUCGGUAG